AUGUUCCGCCCGGAAUACUGGCCUGACGACCCAAUGGAUGGCUUCAUGGGAAAUGGCAUGAUGCGUGGGGGGCCUCCAGCUCGCCGAUUUGAUGAAUACUACCGAUGUUAUCCAGUUGCAAUGCUCCCUGGCCCCGAAAGAGAGAAUGUCAACCACGGCGGCAAGGUUAUUAUGCCACCUAGUGCACUCGACAAACUCACUCGUCUUCACAUCACUUAUCCCAUGCUCUUUGAGCUUCAUAACGGGGCAAAAGAGAAGAUGACACAUGCGGGUGUCUUGGAGUUCAUUGCAGAGGAGGGCAAGAUUUAUCUUCCGUACUGGCUGAUGCAAACAUUAAUCUUGGAACCCGGCGAUCUACUUCAAAUCAAAUCAACAGACCUUCCACCGGGACAAUUCAUCAAGCUCCAAGCCCAAUCCACCUCUUUCCUUGACAUCAGCGAUCCAAAAGCUGUCCUCGAAAAUGCAUUCCGGAACUUUUCCUGUCUAAGCAAGGGUGAUUUCUUCACAUUCGCAUACAACGACCAGGUUUACGAAAUGGCAGUUUUAGAAACGAAACCUUCCGGUUCCAAAAACGCGGUGUCCGUUCUGGAAACUGACCUCGAAGUGGACUUUGCGACUCCUGUUGGAUAUGAGGAACCACAGCGUACGAGUGGCACCAGUACUCCCGGAAGUGUGAUCAAUAAUGGAAGGCUUCCGGCCGGCGGACUCCUACACUCCCACGGCACCAUGGCUCAGUCCAUCAACUACGCUGCCAUCGCCCCCGACGCCACCGAUGCAGCAUCCGGCGCCCGAGCCGUCUCCUCCAACUUUAUAUCAGAAGGUCAGCGACUAAAUGCGAAGAAGGGUAGUAAAGCGCCUACUCCGAAAGCUUCUACCCCUGCCCCAGGCGCUACGAAUCCUCAGCAUCCUCCCCCAGCCCGAAGGACUAACGGCCCCCAACCGCUUCGACUUCCCCCUAACCAACUCUUCUUUGGCUACGCCAUCAAACCACCCAGACCCCGUGAUGAGAAUGGACAAAUUAUCCCCGAGGACCAGCCUAAGUUCCAAGGUCUUGGUCAGACACUGCGAGGAAAGAAGAAAGACCUUGGGGGUGAAUCCACUCCCACAUCUGGAAGUGAGGCGGACAGCCAGAAAGGGAAGGGGACUGGCGGAAGUGGACGGACUUCAGGAAAGAGCAAACGCUGA